AGAAAAGAAAUAGUUCUGCUUCCGUACGUUUAGUGGGAUAUCCUUGUACACUACGUGAAAACUGACACUCCUAUACCCCUACGCUACGAAAGGAAUCCUGGAAUUCCAAGGUAAAGAUUGGGAGACUUCAGUGAACUCAUGUUGAAAACGUGAGGGUAGAAGAGGAUCGAAAGCCAACUACAACCGCCAUAAUUAUGGGCGACAACGCGGACAGCGAAGGCAACUUGAUUCACUUGAUACUGAACGAUUUAAAGGUGAGAAUUCUCUCUGAUCUUGAAAACUUAUUUUGAUGCUUAAUUCUCCUAGACAAGCUCAGUUUUAAUAUUUCAAUUUCAUCCAGUCUAGCGCCCCUGUUUGGGAAGAUUUCGUCGGCAAAGCAAGUAAACUACACUCGGCGCUCAAGUACGUCUCGUAUAAUUUGGAGUGAUUUUUUUUUUUAUCUACAUUUAGAUCACUCAUCUUUUUGCCUUAAGGAAUAAAGAGGGUUAUUGGUUUUGAUAUUUAUUUGUUCAGGGCAACAGUUGUAGCUGCUGACGCUUUUUUGGACGCUUUUCAGCGAAUUGCGGAUCUGGCGAAUUCAUCACGAGGUCAGUUUACCUCUCUUACACUAUACUCUCAUUUUGCCGCGUAUACUUAAACUUUCAUUUGCUUUAGAACCUUAGUUAUUCAGAAAGAACUCUGCCAAGGUAUUCAAGAAGCUUUUCAACAAGAUAUUUUCUCUGAAUUUUUUUCCAAAAUGAAAAACUACAUAAGUCAAAAGCACAUGUUGUAGUGAACCAUGUCACUACGGUUUGGGUUCAUUGGGUCACAGUCUGAGCUCAAGAUAUUUUUAGUCGUUGUUUAUUUUGGCAAGGUUUACUUUUUGUGAAAGAAUUUCGUGUUCGUGUUUGGCUAGUGAGCCAUUUUCUCUUUGAAGAACACUCAAUAGUUAAAUUUUGAGUGCGCGGAAAGUUUUGAUCUAGUAUUCUCUGAAAUCCUCCACGAAAACGCGAUCGAUAAGGGAAUUUACAAAUCCUUUUAUAAUUUUAUUAUAAUUCAAAGAAAUGCGACGGCAUGUUGUUUAGUUCUGCUUCUUAGAUAGGUAAAAUGACUGGAUAUCAGGCAAAGUUGAUGUUGAAUUGCACUAAACAGAGUUAUUGGCUCUACGAAUAAGCGAUCCAGUGAAUUUGAAAUGAAAAACCAAGAAUGAAUACAAUUGAGGACGUUUGCGCCUACAACGAUUGCUUUGUUGUUGUUCAGUUGAGAAAUAUGACACGGUUAUGGCGACGUUGCAAACUUGAAAUAAACCAGCGACGUUCAGGAAAUUCGUACUUGAAAUUAUCACCAUAGCUUCAGCUGUUUGCUCGAAAAAAAUAUCUGAGAGUACAGCUUCAAGCCAUGGUCCGUUAAAAAUUUUGGCGCGAGAAAAAUCGUAUUUUACCGCGCAAUUUUGUUCUGCGCCAUUUAAAUUUGUACGAUAUUUGCUUGUGUUUACUGAGGGAAAUUUUUGUUUUUUUUUUCUUUCUUUCGGCGUGUGAAAAUAUUUUUUCUUUACUAUGCUUUCACUGUAAGCAAUCGUGAUUUUUUCUGCCGUCUUAUCAAUUUCCCUGCUUCAAAUUUGUGGUUUGGUUUCGUUGCAUUAUUCCCGUCAUAAAUCCUGUAUCGUGCCACCUGUUCUGUAUUUCUGGGUGCUAAUUGAGUUUAUGGAGUCUUGAAAAUCCGCGUUGUUGAAAAAACACUCUACAGAAUUUUGCAAAGAAUAGAUUUACUUCAGAUAGACGAAGCAAAAACAGGAAAUGUAUGACAGCCGAGCUCGGAGGUCUCUUUUCAAAAAGGAAACUCUACCGAUUAAAUAUUGUCAAACUGCCAGAACAAAUAUCUUUUUUUCCGUAUUUAUAACACAACUGCGCGAGUUUUUUUUAAAAUCUUGUUUCGAUGCGAAAAAUAUCAUGCAAAAUUUGAAGUUUUUGCCAUGAUACUGAUUUUUUAGAACGAAAUGUGUUCACCAAUCAUCUCCUCUUACGGAAACAGUUAAUGUAACUAAUCGACCUCAAGAUUCUGCGGUGAAUUCCUUAUUCUGUGUGUUUUUAGAAGAUAUUUAAAGUUGUUGGAAAUGCUUUGUACAAGCCAAAGUUCCUGCAUUUUAUAUCACGUAAUUUUUUAUCAAAAGUACUUACAUUACACCAAGCAAUUUUGUUAUAAAAUUGUCAUAUUAGUAAGUACCGUGAAAUUUUGAAUGUUUUAGGCAUUGUACAGGUGCUCUGAAUGUUACUUGCACAGAUGUGGAGGUCUGUUUUAACACAACGAAGUAUCCCCUCUAUUUGACUUUUAAAUCAAUCACUUGUUUACUAAAGCAGAUUGAUUUUUUUGCCAAAUUUAUUUUCCUGUUGGGUGUCUCUGGAAAAUUAUAACAGUAUUGCAUCCUGCUGGGAAUUUUGUUAUUAUGUUGAUUUGUAAAAAGGACAGAUACUGAAAUAUACCUUUUUAAUUUAAUUUUUAUAAUGGUUGGAUUAUGAAAGCAGUUACAAAUUCGAAUGGCAGGCAUAGAGUAAUACAUACCCCUUAAAGCAUAUGCAGCAAAAUAAUAAUAAUAAUAAUAAUAAUAAUAAUUUGAUUCACUUACAUUACAAAAAGGCUAAGGAAAGGAUUAAUUUAUUAUUUAGGAAUGGACAAAUUCUGUUCUGCAUAUCUUUCGUGUGAAGUUUGUGCAAGGAAUUUCAUAUCUUUGACCAAGCUAUGGUAUCUAACAGCAGACAUUUGGAAGAGAUGUCAAAUUAGUUUGUCAUAAGUAUGAGAGGAAAUGAAAAUAGAAUGUGCAUUGAGAUGAUAUCACCAAAUUUGUCUUUGGGUGAGAUAUCCAAAUAAGCUUUGAUAAAUUGUGAAAUUUUGGAUUAAAAACUAAUUAUUUUGAUUAUCAACUGAAGAUUAGAAAGCACAGAAAAAAGGAAGCACUCUGUUGUCAAAUCGGUUCAUAAUUUUUUUUUAAGAUUGUUAUGUGGGGAAAUAGUUAAGAAAUCAAGCUGUCUCUGUAUCUUGUCUGUUCUUAAGGGGACACAAAUUUUUAUAGAAGAUGCAAGGAAGAUAGAUCAAAACAAAUUUGAAAGAUAAGAACUUUCUCAUUUUAUUUCUACCCAGUGUUCUUGCCAUAUUGGAAGACAUAGCUACUUUUAGCAAUGACUAUCCACUCAUUAACCAAGAUGUCACCUUUCCUCUACAUGGGGCUGUUGUGCUUAAUUAAAUACCUCAACUUCCUUUUGAUAAGUCCUAGGUUUAAAGAGCCAUUAAUUUACUGGCACACCUUUGAAUCUGUAUUGUUUUUGUCCCUCCUAAAUUAAUUGUGAAAACAAAAAUGUUUUGAAACGAAGUUGGCCAGACAGUCAUGUCAAAGUGUAAUUUUUAUCAAGAGACAUUUUCAGCUUUGAGUAAAACAGGCAUAUUGAUUUUGGGCAUUUAUAAUUUCACACUUGGAUAACUUAUGCUUCAACAAAUAAGCAAUUAUCCCAGACAAAAUGUUAAAAAUGCUGUUUAUUUCUGUUUAAAUGGUCAAUUAUUCACAUCAGAAUUAACUAGAUUGCUGCUUAUAUGCAGAUACAAUCAUGCUAUUAGGCUGUAUUACACAAUGUUGCAAGAAAUAUUUCUAGUUUGUCUCUUAGAGAAGAUUUCUAGUCAGGAAGGAGGGGUUUCCUUUUACUUAUCACAAACAAAAAAAUAUUUUUUUAUUUAUUUCUAUUAUACAUAAACAAAGAAUGUCAUUCUAUGUAAAUGUUUCUUUGUUCCUGUCUCUGGCUUUAAAAUUUUAAAAUGAUGUCAUCAUAGUACAUUCCUUUCCAGUUCACUGAUGAUGACUGGAGCACUUUGCCAAUCAUAAAUUAUUGCUGUCAGUUUUAAUUACACUGUUAAAAAUUAUAUUUUUAGACCAAAAAUUGGUUUCACAUGAGUCAUUCUGCAAAUUGAAAAAGAAUGUCCUUUUUUAUCUUCACAAUGUGACUGGCCAGUGGGUAACUGAAAAACUAUUAAUUACAGCCUGUACACAAUUUUCCCCUAUAUUUAAUCUUGUUAUCACCAUGUUGAAUGAAAGCAGAAAAACCUUCAGAAAGGAUUUGUUCCUGUGUUCGUAAUUAAAUUUUCUUUAUUAUGGCAAAAUUGUUUAAGAAAUGUUCAUUGUAAUGAUAACAAUAUGUAUGGUUUUAGUCAUGCAUACUAUGCGUAAGGUAUGGAAGAGAUUUUUUUUAUUUGUCGUUUAAGUCACUGAAGUGUUCUUCUACACCUUAUUUUGCAAGCAAAUUUAAGAAUUUCAGCUUUGUAUUCAAUUGCCUUGGCUCCAGCUUGGAUAGAAAUAGUUUGUGUUACUUAAAAACCUUUACAUGGAAUGCUAGACUUGUGGUCACUUAAUGGAGCUAAGAUGAUUGACAACCCAUUUGUUUGGUGUCUUAUACAUUAAUCUAGGCAAACAGUGUUUUCCAGAAGCACCAGCGGCCACCUUUUUGUCUGCUUCUUGUUUUUGAAGCACCAGUUACUUCAUCAAAACAAAAUAGUCAAAGACCAGUCUUUAUCAGAAAUAACUUUAGUCUUUGCUUUCUCUGUGUAGUACCAAAAAAUAUCGAUAAAAACUGAAAAGAAAGCAAUCAGUUAAACCAAGUGGAAUAGAUGUGAAAGUAAUAGGUGCUUAUGUUCUUAAGAGCACUGACUUGUAUACUGCCUGCUACUAUUAAAAAAAAUUUGAUGGCUGGUAACUGCAAAAUCUCCAGAGAACAGUGGGCAAAUCUUUGUCGUUGCCCUUAUUUGCCAGUAGCAUACAUGUAUGAACUUGUAUGGAUCAGAAUUGUGUUAAGUGAACAAAAUUUUCAGCUCCUAAUGUGCCUUAUACCCAGUGAAAUGUUAUUGAGCAAAAAAUGCAAAAUAUCCAUGUUGUUAAAGUGCUUUGUUUAUAGAAUUUCAAGCUUAAUACAUUUCAUCAGACAAGGAUUACCAAUAUUCUGGGCCUGAAAUUUUCAGGAAAUGUUAGCAUUGCUGUGAUCUCAAAAUUUUCACAAGUUGGUUGGGAUCUGUAAAGAAUGAUAUAGGAGUGCAUGUAGAUAGUUCUUACUUUCCCUGUUAUUAAAAAAUUUUGUCCGUGGUUCAUGGACAAGACCAAUCUUUGGAUAUUGUCAUCGACUUAUUUUUUAUAAUUAGUGGACUGAUUUCACUGAUCAAUAACAAUUAUUAAUCAUCAAUUAUUGUGUGCUAGGAUGCUGCAAAGACAUUGGUGGCUCUCUCACUAAAAUGGUGAUAAGACAUCGCAGUGUGGAUGGUAAACUCAAAGGAUUUGCUGGGUAUGUUCAUAGGAAAUACAUGGAACAUAAGAGAUUUUUAACUUAAGUCAGGAGCAGCUCAGCUUUGUAGCUUUGUAUCUCAUGUAAGGAUGAACAUAGACUCCCUGAGACUCCUGUGACUUACGUAUCACUUAGGUUAUGGAUUUUUCAAGUCAUUCAGAUUGAAAGUGUCAUACAAUUCAGAGUGGCCUCACAAUUGGGCUUAGAUUUUUAAUGGUGACUUGUCUCUUAAAAGUCAAAGACUUGCAAGGAUAAAUUUCAAUAUGAAGUUCACUGAUUUAUUAUCCAUUUUUGAUGACAUUUUCAGAUUGCUAAAUGAGUCACUGAUAUUCCCUCUGCAAGAGAGGCUGGAUGAUUGGAAAAAGUCUGUUGUGCAGACGGACAAAGAUCAUGCAAAAGGUAGUUUUUUCCCUAAAACUCUACAAAAUAAUUGUUUAAUAUUUAAUGCUCCCAAUAUAGUUUGUUAAAGAGAUAUAUUAUUCUGCUUUCCAUAACGUGCUGAAAUGACUUGCCAUCAAGACAUCCCACUACUAUUAGAAUUUCUUUAUCUUGUUAGUUACACUAGUGUCCCUAUUUCACUUACUGACAGACUGGCUUUGCACAGUCUUUGAUGGAUUCUCUUUUAAUUUUUAUGUGGUUUUUAUUUUUUAAGAAUAUAAGAAAGCCAAACAGGAACUAAAAAAGGCCACAGCAGAGACAAGUAAAUGGCAAAAGAAGGUUAAAAAAGGUGAGUUAGGUGAGCAAAGCCUUUGAAUUCAGUUUAGUGUCUUAAAGUAUUCAAGCAAAGGACACACCCUUGGAGGAUAGCUUUCUGGCCAUAAGUCAAGUUGACCAUUAGAGGGUGAUUUACAAAUCCUUGCUUAGUAAGUCACAAAGUUCGUCAAGUGCCAGCUCUUUCUUUUGGUCCUCAGCACUCUUUGUCACAGAAAGAACAGAAGAUUUUUCAGUCCACGGCUGUCACUCUUAAUUGCUGAUAAGUAAUUUUCUCUCAAUUUUGAUGAUCACUAAUUUUUUUCUUUUUCUCCUGGUUUUCUUUGUUCUAUUAGGAAAAUCAGAGCACCAAGAAAAGUUGGAUGCUGCCAUGAAGGUUAGAACUAAUACAGCAUGUAUUUGGUGUCAAUAUUUACGAAUUGUUAUCUCUGGUUUUUAUUAGGCUUCUAAACUCAGCGCACUCCAACAUCAGCGUUCCCAUUCACCAAACUGUUCUCUUUACAUUUCCUGUGUUACUAACAAGAAGAAUUUGUGUGACAUUCAAGAGCUUCUUAAAUUGGUGAUCGUUUCCUUUUUUUUCUAGUGACCUUGACUUUUGAUUCAAGGGUCAUAGGUCAAGGAAAAAUUAGAUGCCAAUCUCUCUUUUAAAGGGUUAAUUGAGUGCCUUUGGCAUUUUGAUAUAGAAUUUCCACUGAGUUGAAUCCUCUUGAAUCUUUUUUCGUUUUUCAGUAGUGCUCAUUAGAAUCUACUCGUACACAUAAUUUUUAUAUUUGGCAUAGUUCUCCUAGAACACAGAUUUCAGUGUUGUGAAUUUUAUCAAUUCUGUUGCUUGAUUUUACAGCAAGCAAGUUAUCAACAAGCUCUUUUUGAAGACCAGGAAAAGCGAUUCCUUCAGAGAGCGUUGAUUGAGGAAAGGACCAGAUACUGCAUGUUGUCAACUUGUUUUAGGCCAGUUGUGGUAGGUCCGAUUAUUAGGCCAUAGAAAAGCAAAUCAUCUUUGUUUCCUUGUUUGACUUGUAAAUGCACCAAAAAUGAACGCCGAAAUUAUGCUUUCGGUCAACUACAAAGUUGAAAAUAACCAAAGUUGAGCGCGUUUCAUGGUAAGUUCUGGAACGUCUGCGCAUGGGCCAUGAACGGGUUUGGGAAAAAAAUUAUUGUGGUGGAAAAGUGUUUAGUGACUUACUGGCAUCUUACACGAAACAUGUUUUGACAUGUUUCGCUGUUAACACAUAAUUGGAAAGAAUCAGGAGAUUUAAACUCUUAUUUGCCCACAAAAGUUGAGAACAGAUAGCAACAAGUAGCGAAGGAUUUUGGCCGCAAAGCUGCUAUUUUAAAUGCAAACUUUAUUCCAACUACUUUUAUGGUUGAUCAUGUUUUACGUUAGGGCAAAUUAAUGUAAUAUGGUUUUGUUCUCUUUUAGGAGCACGAGAUGUCCAUGUUAGGGGAACUAGAACACCUUCAGUCUGUUCUCGAGGACAUCGUUAGACAAACAAAAAAUCCCACCGUUCUGCCACCAGCGGGAGAGGAUCUGGUGCGAGAAUUCAGAUUGUCGGAUCAUCAUAAUUACGAUGAUCAGGUAAAAUAAGCGGCGAUUAAGUUUUAAAUCUGAUUAUCACUUCCGCUCAAGUUGAAAAAUAUCCAGUCACUGCCACCGAGAAUAGUCCUUUGCGGGGCUACCCUCGCGUAGACUAUUAUACCAUAUAAUCAAAUGAGAAAAUCAAAAUUUAAUGCCUGCUGCACAUUCGCGGAGAACCAAAUGCCUGCCAGUCAUACUGUAGACCCUUAUAGUCUAUAGUUGAUAACACCGGCUUGCGCUCAGCAUUUCGCUGAGUAGGUGAACCCCCUGAAGUGAUGAACACGUAGUUUCUUCUUGCAAUACCAGCUAACCAUCCAAGCAACUUCUGAUGAAAAUUGAACAACUUGUCUGUUGGGGUCAGUAACAUGAUCCGUUAAUAAUAAAUAGUAAAUUGUAAAUAAUAAUAAUCAAAUUAAGGAUAAUAGGUAAAUAUUUUAUUGUACUGUAACAGUAAUGUAAAAUCAUAAUUUAGUAUUAUCAACUGAGUUGAUAACAUAUAUAGGCCACCGUAAAUAGUUUCAAAGCUGACGUUUCGAGUGUCAGCCCUUCGUCAGAGUAAAUGCUAAGCAAAGUUGUUAGUACUGUAUUACUCUGUUAUAAUCUCCCACCGGCGCAGCACCACAGUUUCUUUAGAAACUUACCACCUUAAUAUAAUUUUCAUUAUCCUAACUUUUCUCACAUCAUGUUGUAAUUCAUUUUUCUCCUCUUUUAUUUUAAACUUAAGUCUCCUCCACCGAGUCCAACAGCAACUCUGACGAGAGCUGCAAGUCCGCUGCAUACCGGCCGGGACCCCCCUACUACCCCUCCUCCGCCGCCUCCCUCGGAAACGGACCCCUACUACAACGCUUUCAGCCGGCAUUAUUCAUUCUCCGUCAAACACACUCAAACGCGGAACAAGGUCAUUGGAUCGGUGACACCCACCACCUCUCCUAAGAAAGUCGCGCCUCCGCGGAUCUGCGCACGCUCUACCAGUUUUAGUGUUUCUUCGACCUCCUCGCACUCUUCAAUGUCAUCUUUAGGCUCGUCUAUUGGGUCGCCGUCCAUCGAGAGCUUCCCGCAGCCGCCAACCCCGCUGCUAUCGCCCGGUUACUCGGGAGACUUGCAGAGCGAACCAUUACCCCCUCCACCCUUUCCUGGAGCAGUGCCCACCUUACCCCAUCCAGGCAAGUCAAGUAUUGUAAUUGUUUUUGUCAAACUCGAUUGGUUGAUGAUAGACACUGCAACGAAAGGUUCGGUUGUCAAUCUUGUGUUGUAUUUACAAGGACUACAAACUUCGAAGGUUUUAAGCGUUCCAGCUCUCUCUGCCGAGGAAUAAAACUCUGUACCAGCAAACUACCAGAGAAACCUGUCAAGUAUCCCAAGUAAAGGUAGUUUCUGUGUCCUUUGAGCCAAGGAUAGAGAGCGGGUCCAUUGGGAGUCGUACCAGGGCCAGGUACGAAAGAGAGCCAAAAAAACCGAGGGUUUCUCUAUUUUUGACUGGUGUUUUUUUUUUUUUCGCUGUUUAUUGACUUUUUGUGGCUUGUUCGUCAUGGAGGCAGGGAUCACUGAUUAGUUAUGGGUAAAAUUAAAGAUGUCAGGGUAAUACUCAGCAGUUUCUCAUUUGGUUUCUUUUCCUUCCUUGAAGGCGACAGAACAUCUUGGACAACGUCCACGGACUCCGGGUGUUAUUCGUCUUCCUCAGGGGAAAGGUCACCUUCUGCCUCGCUUGCACAAGUAUAUCUUCCCUCCUCGAUCGCGGAACACCCGAGAUCCAACGAGCCCACAGGAAGGAAUACCCAGGGCCCUCAAUACGCCACGCCUUACGCUGUUAGCAACACUCGAUCACGGUGUAUGAGUGAAUCGGCUUCCGCUAUGUCGCCUUACUACCAAGGAAUUGCGCAUCGACGUAGCGACAGUGAGACUUCCUCGCAAAGCAGCUAUUCAGGCAACGGCGAGGUGCCGGCUGGGGGCAUGAACAGCAGCGAUUCUGGAUAUUUUAGUUAUGGAGGACGUUACCAUCGCUCGAAUCCGGAAAGUAUACAAGAAAACUCGGGCGGGUGGGCGCCCCAGCAGAAAGCGAAGUCCACGUACAAUAGGAGUCAAAGUGUAUCAGGGCGACCGUCUGCAGCUCAACAGGCGCAUCUGGCAGCUUUGGCAAGUCAUGCCGCGCGAAGCAGAAGUGCACCAAUGCCUCCCGCAAGGAAAUCAUCUGUUCCACCGCCGUGUCCGGAGAGAAGGACUGGACUUUCUGAUGGUGAACUGAACAAAGAGGAUCAGGAACUGGGUGAAGGCGCUCACUCGGAUGAAGAAGGGCUAAGUAUGCUACAGAAACAAAUUCGGCGUCAGAAAAAGCUGAUCGAGGCCAAGGCGAAAGACAAAGGCGAGCAGUCUUGAUAUUAAUGAAGCUGUUAGAGCUACUAACUUAAUCUGAAAAAUUACUUUGGCGUUUAAGUUGCCAUCCGUAUCUUCAAUAAUCAAUUUGAUUAUCUCGCCAUGUGAACUUUGUGAUUGAAAGGUGAUGAUAUUCACAUGCUGCGGAAACAAGUGAAGUGGGGUGGUGAAAUGACUAUUAUAUAAUUACCAUAUUUACGAUAGCGUGUAUGCUGUCAAUAUGGUGCCAUAUAAUGGUUUACAUAAAAGGACUAAGGAGACUAUGUACGUAUGUAAGUAGAUAUAAGCGGUGGGGGCUUUUGUCAAACCGUGUGAUCAGAAAAAGGUUAAAUUGUUAAGUGUUAGGUUGGCCAUAAUCGGCCAUGCUAAAGGUUUUAUAGUAUUUAAAGACGUGCGGCGCGUUUUAAAAAGUUAUCAUGUUAAUAGUUUGCAUAAUGUUUCCAUUAAUAGAGCUCUAAAGCUUUUGUAAUGAAAUGAAUGCUGCGCUAACCUUCUGAGAUUUUUAAUAUAUAUACUGAGAGCUUUGGGUAGAGAUUUCACCAACGGCGCUUAUAUUAGGGCCAAAAAAAUCAUCUUGUCCUGUAUUUAUAACAACAAUAAGAACGCGGUCGCUUAGUUUAACGCCAUUAUUCCUUUUUACGAACUCUGGUUGUGUUAGAUUUUUUUUAAGUUUAGGAUGGGUGUUGAAAUGCUUCUCUAAAGUGUCAAUAGAUUUGUCAGUUUGGACGACAUUUUUUGUUUAAUCUUAAUUUAAAGUUAAUUUGAACAGUGCCCAUGGAAAUGAGAUUGUUAUGUUCAAACGGCUGGUGCUGUUUCUUCUUGACAUAAAGCUAAUCGGAGUGGACGAGAACCUUAUUCAACGCUGUCCUACAAGUUAGUGGCAGUAAUGAAAGCGCAGGCGCCUUCCAAGGUUGACAGGUCUCGCCCAGUCUAUCGCUAUUCAUUUCCAUGGAUCACUUUUAUUUGUCAUUUUUUACUUAAUUUGAGGCAUCAACGAUUCAAAAAGAUAAUUGUUGACCUUUUUGCUAUGGAGAUGUAGCACCCUUUUCCUAGAAGCCUAUGCGAAACGCACUUCACAUAAUGGAAGGGCACAUGCUGUAAAUAAGCAAAGAUAGAAAUUUAUAUAUGCAGGAACAGUUUGCCGCUGUACGAGGGCUAUGUUGCGCUCUAUGAUUCUCCAAAACUUGAUAAUUUUUUUUGGUAGUUCGUCACUUAGAAUCCGGGUUGAUUUUUUUUCCAUUCUCGAACUCCCCUUUUUCUCUCUUGUUGAUUCGUUUUUUUUUUUGUUGGUGUACACCAGUACACAAACAUUUCCUAAUCUCCUUCAGCUUACUAGGUUCAAUUGUUAGUGACGGAAAAGUUGCCUUAACAUAGUGUAACUUGGCCCUUUUAUUGUCAGAAUUGAUCACAUUACUGUUCAAAUUUUGUGUUCGAUUAAAUUGAUAAAGCGGAAGAUUUAUCUCAUAGUUAAACGGUAGUUCCGGUUGUUCUGAUCUAAGCGGUUCGUUAUGUAAUUUCGUACCUGUGCUUGUUCAUCGACUUUCUUUUUGUGUAAUCGUUCUCAAAUAAUUCAAGUUUAAGUCGAACCUUCUGCACUUGUUAUAAAAAAAUAAGGAUAGCAAACUUAUAUUACCGGCCAUUGUAUCUUAAAGUCUGGAGUUAGACUAAGUGGUUCCAAU